CAGCCCGCCUGCGGGGGGCGAGCGGCCGGGAGGCUGAGGAGCGCAGGCAGCGGAGCCGGGGAGGAGGAGGAGGAGGGCAGCGCCAUGACUCAUUUGCAGGCAGGUCUCUCCCCGGAGACUCUGGAGAAAGCCCGGCUGGAGCUGAACGAGAACCCCGACACUUUGCACCAGGACAUCCAGGAGGUGCGGGACAUGGUCAUCACCCGGCCGGACAUCGGCUUCCUCCGCACCGACGAUGCCUUCAUCCUGCGGUUUCUGCGGGCCAGGAAGUUUCAGCACUUCGAGGCGUUUCGCCUCCUGGCCCAAUACUUUGAAUAUCGCCAGCAGAACCUGGACAUGUUUAAGAGCUUCAAGGCCACAGACCCGGGCAUCAAGCAAGCGCUGAAGGAUGGUUUCCCCGGCGGGCUGGCCAACCUGGACCACUACGGCAGGAAGAUCCUCGUCCUUUUUGCUGCCAACUGGGACCAGAGCAGGUACACGCUGGUGGAUAUUCUGCGUGCCAUACUUCUUUCUUUAGAAGCCAUGAUAGAAGACCCUGAGCUGCAAGUGAAUGGAUUUGUUUUGAUUAUAGACUGGAGCAACUUCACCUUCAAGCAGGCCUCCAAGCUCACACCAAGCAUGCUUAGAUUAGCCAUAGAGGGCCUUCAGGACAGCUUUCCAGCUCGGUUUGGAGGAAUACAUUUCGUCAAUCAGCCGUGGUAUAUCCAUGCCCUCUACACAGUUAUCCGGCCCUUUCUGAAGGAGAAGACACGAAAAAGGAUAUUCCUGCAUGGUAACAACCUCAACAGCCUGCAUCAGCUCAUACACCCUGAGAUCCUGCCUUCAGAGUUUGGGGGAAUGUUGCCCCCCUAUGACAUGGGCACGUGGGCACGAACACUGCUUGACCAUGAGUACGAUGAUGACAGUGAAUGCAAUGCAGACUCCUACAACACUCCUGCAAAGGACAUAGAAAAGGACCUCUCUCCCAAAUCCAUGAAAAGGUCUCAGUCAGUUGUGGAUCCUGGGGUGCUGAAACGCAUGGAUAAGAAUGAGGAAGAAAACAUGCAGCCCUUGCUUUCACUUGACUAACAGUUUUUGAGCAUUGGACAUGAACUGAGGUGGAAGGCACUGCCUCUCAGCAACAAGAAAAUCACUGGGAAAGAGUGUAACAGCUGGAACCCUAUUUACUCAUGUUAAUGUAGCAUAUUGGCAGCAGGUGUUACUAUUCUGCCUGAAUUCUGGAAGCCCUUUGGUGAAAAAGAAGUGGAGAACAAAAGAAAAUAAAAUAAAAUAAAAAAAAAAAGGAAUCAAUAAUUUAUUCUGUAAGUGCCAACUUGUUGUAAAUACAAUAUAAUCCUCCAAUUUUACUUUGUAAGUUAUGAUAAACAAGUGCUAUGGAAAUGAGUGACUAUUAAAUAUGUCAGUGAAGUGCACCAUAAAAAAGAGAAGAAAACGUGUGUGUUCUCACAUGCACAGAGAGAAACAUACUGAGCAAAGAAAAACAUCAGAAGCAAUUAAGAGUUGUCCUUCCCAUGGGAAGCCAACUAGUAUAUUGACUACUGGAUUUCUUUCUGCAGUGAUCACAGAGUGUGCUAAGAUAAAGAGAGACUAUAAGUGCUUGGGAGAUGCUGUAAUCAGUGCAAUGUUUCCUAACUGUGGGAAUUGGUUUCUCAAAUAACACUAGGGUCUAGGAUUGGUAUUUAGCAUAAACAAUGUGCAUUGUGAGAAAGAUCACAGGUGACUGGAACCAACUCUUGGAUAGCUUUGUCAUUUAGCUGUAUGGGUCUCUGAGGUUUCAUCACUAACUUUUCAUUUACACAAGUAACCUGGAUGGUACCCUAAUCUGGGUGUUGUCAUGUGGGACACAUUGGAGUUACUUCUCUUGCAUUUUGGGUGCACAUCAAGGAUCUUUCCAGAACUCUGUUCUCCCUUGGAGUGAGACAUUAGUCCUCUAACUACAGUGGAAUAACCAGUACCUGAAAUUAAAGCCUGGCAGCAGAGGUUAGUCACUGAAUCCUGUGCACUGGGAGACUGGAUACAUAUAUAUAUAUUUUUACCAAUCUCUGACAAGCAUACAAGGUGACACUGUUAGAUAAGUAUAUUUCAUUGACGGUUUAUACAAGAAAUCAUACCUAUUCAAUGUACUUAGAUAUAUUAUAGAUUGUAUAUUGAGACACUGUCAUUAUUAAUGUAGUAGAACUUUCCAUAGAUCCACAGCAUCCCACUCCAAGCAAAGAUUAAUAUGAAUAAGUUUUAGUCAAACAUCUCAGCCUAUAGUUUGGGACACCUUUGUUUUGGUUGUAGUGUAACUGUAUAUACUGAACAUGUGCCAUAAUAGAGAAAUACAUUUUACCUCAAAAGGGCAACAGCUUUCACUAGGGCUUGGGUAAAUCUGCUGAAACAUAGGGGCUGUGUCAUCUCUGUGUGCUGGCUGAUGUGUGUGCAGCCAGUGGCGUGCUGAGGCGAGAAUGUAAUUUCUUAUUAGGACUUAGAUUGACAGCCAGAGUGGGAAGACACACAGGGUGCCCAGCAAGGCAUCUGAAUAACUAAAGGCAUUGUAAAAGCAUGUUCAGGCAGUGCAGGGAUUAGUUAUGAAAACACUGACCACACUGGAGGUGAUGGUUCACAGCAAUCCUGCCUCCCCAGUGCUAGAGUUUAAAACAUUUCUUCCAUCACUCCAGUGAUAGGUGAAGUUUCCAAGUUACUGAUUGUAGGUCACCUUUUCUCAUCCAGGAUGAUUACAGCUGUAAGAAUUGGUAGGCUGAGA